AUGAAGGCCAACGCGUGGAGGGGUCUGAUCGCGGUGGACAGGUUGGACCAAAGUUUUCGGCGAAUCGAGGAGAAGGACGCGAACGACGUUAUCCAGCUGAAGAAGAAAGCGUGGCUAGAAGAACGACAGGAGUCAGUGGCAACGGGGUCUGCUCGACCAGAUGCGGAAGAAGCAAACGGAGACGUCGACGAAGCCAAGAGCUGGAAGGAUGACGAUGGCGACCGCGGGAAAGGAAGCUGGUGGUACGGCAGCAGCUGGUGGUCGACAUUACCAUCGGGAUCCACGGGCUGGGACUGGCCACAAACGCAGACGGCGGCAUCGUUAGAGGCGUUUUAG